AUGGAUUAUAAUUUAUAUUACGGUCUGAAAUCGAACCGUCUGUUGAUAAUUUCGGACAGGGCGCCGGAGUUCACGACGGCGGUGAAAAAUACUCUGCCCGGCGUUUUCGUCGUACGGUACAACUACGACACGUCAUCGUUGGACGACAUUAUUUGUACGUAUUGUUACGUUCAAAUGUUAUAGUUUUAAAACCGCUACAAUAAUAUUAUACCAGUAUUUUUAACGGAAAAACUCGAGAGACAUUAUUCUACGACAACCGCCGUAUACAGCGAAUAUUUAAGAUUUUUUUUUUUUUCGGUUUUAUCGUUAUUUUCAAAAAUGUCGGCAAAAAGAAACUUCCAAUUCAACCCGCGGAAACCUUUAGUAUAUUGAAGUAUAGAUUGUCCUUACUUGAUAAAACAUAUAAAAAUAGAAUUUUGGUUGAAAUUCUUUCCCCCUAUUCCUUAAAUGUUAAUCAUUUAUUGAUUAGUCUAUACUAAUAUAAUUCGCAUCGCGACAAUAUGAAAAAUUAUUUUUUCUACGUAGUAAAGUUUUAAAAAAUAUAUAAAUAUAUAAGUAUCGUUGAAAAAUGUGUUAACUGCAAAAAAAAAAAUGUUUAAUAAAUAUCGAGCAAAAAACGAAUUAUCUAUACAGGGCUUUGUAUUGAUUAUUAAAACAUAUUCGUGAUUUGUUUUGUAUAAUUUAGAAAUUGUUUUACGUUUCAAUGGUAAAGUUCCGUGUUAGAGAUGAAAAGUGGAAGCUGGGGUCAUGUCUUCUCCAGAAAUCAUCGUAUCCGCCACAGAAAUUUAACAUUGUAUAUACUAGGAGUUUUUAAGAUUAUUUGACGUACAUAUGGCCAGCCCCCCCCCUCCCCAUUAAAAUUUUUUUAAAAAUAUGAUAGCUUUCGAACUCAGGCAAACUGCGUGUUAAAUAUUGUAAUAAUUAUUUGUAAACAAUUCCAAUAGGAGGGGAGGGGGAAAGCAUACGUGAUUCAAAGCGCAACGAAGAACUUCGUCUUACUCUCUGUGAACAUCUUUUCUACUAGAAAUUUUGUUCCAAUUAAAAAAUGACAAAAAAUCUUUUAUGUAGAAUUUUUGAUCAAAUUUAUGAAUUAACAAGUUCAUUUUUUGAUUUUCUUUGCCAUUUUCUUAACCGGAAAAAAAAGCUAGAAAAAACGGAAAAGUGUACAGUUAUUUUAUUUUCGAUUUUGUUUUGUUUUUUUUUUUUGUAAUUUGAUUAAAAAAAUCGUAAACCUGAAAUUUUCACAGAAUACUUCUGCCUAUCCUUUUCUUCUAGACUUUUCUGAAUUAUUUAUUUAUGGCGUUUGACAUUUUUUAGGUUUUUAGUGUUUUAAAAUGUGGAUAAAAUUAAACGAGGUUCAACACAAGUUUUAUUUGAUUGUAAAAAAAAAAAAACAGACUUAAUUGUAAUUUAGUAUUUUUUGUUUAUAUAUAUAAAUGUAAAAGUUUUUAUGUUCACAUUUUGACAAAAAUCUAAAAAAUUUACAAACAAAUAUAUUUAACCGAACUUAGCUGAUAAUCUUAGCUCGUUAGCAAAGAUUUAUAGUUACGUGCAUGUAUAAAUUAAUUAACUCUAUAUUUCCUACCUUCUCAACUUCCCACCCACAAUACUAGUAAACCUAUCAGCAGUAUCAGUUCUUUUAAAACAAAUUUUACAAAUAAUUAGUGAAAUUGAAUGCAAUAGGGGAAUUGUUUCACUAUUGCACUAGAAUAGGAAUUAGUAAUUAUACAAAUAUGGUGAAUAAAAACGCGUAUCGGUCGCGUUACUAAUUUAUUCGGUGUAUAAAAUACACCGUACUCGUACACACGUACACCAUCGUAUACCUGUAAUUAUUUAGAGAUAAAUCAUAAAUUAUUAUCAAAACUUCUCGCAGCGGGUUAGUUGGCACAUUGUGUUAUUAGGCGAAUGCGAAAUGAAAAACCUUGCCAGUCAGUAGAUAUAAUUUGUAUUUAUGUACAGGGUGUAUCUGCAGUGUUUAUACAAUUAUUCCCCGAACAUUACACAGAACAUUGCUGCCGGAUCCCGCAGAUAAACCCUGUAUUUUAUAUUAAUGAAUUUCACGCAAUGCCAUCAUAUUAUAUUUCUCUUCCGGGCAAAAGCCGAUAAAACUUUCUUGACAUUCGGACGUGUAAAGAUGUACGGUGAAGACAAUAAAGUGUGUCACAUCAAAGUGCGAUGUAAUAAUGAUACCGCUGUAAUAAUGCCGCGGAAACAAAACGAUAGUGCCUGGUUAUACGAACAAUAAUUAAAUAACAAUACAUCAUAAUGAUAAUGUAACAAACGAUUAAUCAUAACUUUUUCUCAUUCUUCUUUCUGGCUUUUGUAAUCAGGGUUCGGGACCUACAGCAUUUUGCUCGUAUUUCGCGCAUGAUAUUAAAUCCAACCGAGUGCAAUGGAAAUGUACGUCAUGAUACAUGUUCAAAUAUGAAAUUUGAAAGACGUUUUUUUUUUUUUUUUUUUUUUUUUUUUUUUUUUUUCUUUUUUUUUUUUUUUUUUUUUUUUUUGCUUUUUCCUAGUUUUUUAUUUUUCAAAUGUUUUAAGUCCCCAGACCUACUUAUAAAUAUAUAAAAGUUAACGCCGCCAACACUUUUAACUCCCUUCCGUUUUUUUUCGAUUCUGGACAACAUUUUUUCAAUCGCGCACUGUCAAAUUUUCCAAACCAUAACUUUAAUACAUUUAAACUUAAGUAAAUUUUCCUUUUUUUUUUUUUUUAUUAAUAGUACUUUUAUCGUUAACCGGCUGUAUCGUUAAAACCUAUGUAUAUUUUGAGCACUGCGGAUUUAGGUAAUUUUUUCCAAGCGAUUAAAUAUCUUACAAUUUAAAAAAAAACUUGCUCGAUAAUUUCAAGUAUAGGUUUAUAAUAUUAUUGCAUGAAAAAUACGACAUUUUAAUCUCCCAGAUAUCCAUAUUUAAUUUUCAAAUUGUAUUUAUCUUUUAAUUUUUUUUUUUUUUACAGCAAAAGUAGACGAUAAAAUGCAACAUCGAAAAGUGAAAAGUAUCGCUAUUCUCGUUCACUCAGAUGAAACACAAUUCUAUAUUUGCUCUACAGACGAAAAAGUAUACUAUCGAAAAUAUUGAGUACAAAUAAAUACAAACUCAUUUGUUUUAGAUUCUGAGUGGAGCGAAGAAUCUAUUGGUUUUACUAUGAUUUUUAUUUAUUUUUUUUUUUUUUUAACUUUUCUAUCAGAAACAUUUCUCCGAUUUUUAAGUGUAGCGCUUUUUCUCGAACCGAACUCCACUCAGAAUCGUUUUUUGUUAGCAAUGAUGAAUCUUUACGUACAGAUAUACACUAAAUUUCUCAUCUGCCUUCCCAAUUUCUCACCUAAAUCAUACGUCCAUCCAUCCAUCCAUUCCAUCCAUCGUGCGAAGUAUAUCCGUUUGGUUUUUUACGUUUAAUUUAAGAUAUUCAAUCUAGCAGAUAAAAAUAAUUUUAUAUUCAAAAAAAAUUUUUUUUCAAUUUAGACAUAUCCGUACUGAAAUAUAUUUAAAAAAAAAAUUAUCAAUAAUAUUUUACGAAAUUAAAUUGACAUCCACAAUAAUUAUUUUAGGUUUUAAACGGCGAUAGCGUAAUCGACGAUCCGGACAUAAAUUAUUUUAUAAAAUCGCUAUCAGAUUAUUGUCAAAACGAAUCGUCUAGAAUUGACUUUUUCAACAGCCGUUUGUCUUCGAGUUGUGUGAAAUAUCAACUGUGUUUAGCUCUGCGACAUUUGACUCGAGUAUGCGACUUAUUUCUGUAUAAUAACUAAUAUAACAGUGUUAUGACUUCAAUAAUUUGUAUUUUACUUUUAUGGAAAUAUUUGAAAGUGUGACAUAGGCAUAUGGGCAGAUUUAACGGGAGAAGAAUGUUACGGCGAGUUGUAUUUCAAUUCCACCGACAUGCGAUCGACGAAGACCGCACUGGACGGAUAUCAACGAAUCAGAACCGUAGGAAAGGGUAUAUUAUAGGAAAGAUAAUUUUUUUAGUUUUUUUUUUAAGAAUAAAUUUGACGAUGUUCGUUAAUAUUGUCAUGUUAAGAUACGCAUAUUAUAAUACGUGAUAAAUUUAGGAGCGUUUGGCGUUGCGACUCUGUAUCGAAAUACAAACAAAAACAAUCUAGUUGUUAUUAAGCAAAUCAACAUGUUAGACAUGACGGCACAAGAGAGACAACUCGCUCUGAACGAAGCUAAAGUCUUAUCCUUACUCAACCAUCCGAACAUAAUAAGGUAACACCUAUCAACAUAUUUUGAUUUCUUUUUUAUUAUUGCUUAUAAUUAUUGUUGGUUAAAAAUGCGUACGUAUAUUAAGUUAUUACGGAAGUUUUGAAAUGGACGGCGUUCUCAUGAUUGAAAUGGAAUAUGCGGACGGCGGUACCCUCGCGGAGUAUUUGAUUAGUCGUAAAACGAAUUUAUUACCGGAGAGACAAAUUUUGGAAAUGUUUUUACAGAUGUCCGAGGCUAUUCAGUGCAUUCACCAACGUAAUAUUUUACACAGGUAAAAAUAAUACAACCGUGAGCAGCAGAACUCCGUCACUUUAUCAUUGAAUACCCUUCCCCCCUUUACAUUUCAAAUUAUAUAGAUAUAGUCUUUAUAAAACAAUGGGGGUGUUAAAAGCUAAAAACAUUCAAUGGUUUUCUUUUGUAACUGCAUGAUAGUGAAAUACAUAUAUUAAAAUUUAACUUAACUUUUAUCACGUCAAUCAAACUAUAAAUUAACCUCCGAUUCCUCCUGAGUUUGAGUUCAUUAGUCCGGUAGAGGGAAUCGUUAGAAGUGCACAAUAGUAGCGGUAAAAGUUGUAUGUAUGUGUACAACGGACAAUUUAAACUGGAAAAUCGCUUUUUUUGGAGAAAAUUAACUCAUUACAAAAACACGGACGUAUAAAAAAUUAUACAAAAACAAGGUCACCACAAAUUUAUUAUUAAAAAUUAACGUAUGCACAUAUAUAUGUUUAGGGAUUUAAAGACAACAAAUGUUUUUCUGACCAGAGACCGGAAAGUAAAACUAGGCGAUUUCGGCAUUUCGAAAAUAAUGACUACGAAAUUACAAGCGUUAACCGUAGUCGGAACACCGUACUACAUUAGUCCGGAAAUGGUAAGUAGGUACGCUUAAUAUUAUAAUAAUUGAUCGUCGGACGUCGGUAUAAUUAUAUGCGUAUAAUAUAAAAAUUAUUACUUUCGCAAGUGCGAGGGUAAACAAUACAAUCAAAAAUCGGACAUUUGGGCUUUGGGUUGUAUACUGUACGAGAUGGCGAGCCUUCAACGUACUUUCGACGCUACCAAUCUGCCAGCGCUUAUUCAUUUCAUAACUAAAGUGAUUAUAUCAACCCGUAAAAAUUGUUCUACCAUUAUAAACCAAAUACCUACGGAUUAUGUAUAUUUAUUUCAGGAAAAUUUUGCUCCAAUACCGUUAUGUUAUUCGUUAAAUUUGAAAAAAUUGGUCAAUGAUCUGUUGCAAAAAGAUCCGCUCCGGAGACCCGACGCCAACGAUCUACUAGAAAUAGUGCCAGACUUCAUUGAGUUCAUAACCGAAUCCAAUUGGGUCGAAGACAGUAAUGAAUUCGAAUCAAGUAAUAGCGAUUUACUAAAUAGGUAGGAUGGUUCAGACAAAAUUAUCUCCCUAAUAUGGUCUCAAAUCUCGAUAAAAAUGUGUGAUUGUUGCUUUUUUUCGUCAUUUAAUUGUUCACCAAACAGAUCUGUGGUUUAUCAGUUUACUUCUCCCACGAAUUUACAACCGAUCCCGUUACCAUUCAGAGUGCAAAUCGUUCAGUUAGCGGUGAGCCAGACACAUUUCGUCGCUCUCACGAGUGGUAAAUUUUUUUCAUUCACGACAUUACCGCCGUUAUUGUUAUUUUUUAGCGCGCCUGUACGUAUUUCGUUUGUAUAUUCAAGAUUCAUAUUACCGUGUUCACAGAUUACUCGAUUUUCACUUGGGGCGAAGACAAACACGGACAGUUGGGACACGGCGAAGAAACGCCGUGGAAAAACGAUCCGCAAUGCGUCGUUUCAUUAUUGGAUAAACAUAUUACCCAGUUAUUAUUAAACAUAUUUAUACAUAUUUAAAUAACAUAUUAUUUUAAUAUUGGACAAUUAUUCAUAUAAGUAAUAACAUUUUUUUUUUUUUUUUUGUUACUAAUACAGAGUUGGGGCGGGGCAAAACUUUAGUGUUUUUGUCAGCAGCACGGGUCUCGUGUUGACUACCGGCGAUGGGAAAUACGGUGCUCUCGGUCACGGUGAUUGGAAUAGUGUUACGCGACCAAAAUUAAUAGGUUAGGUUAUACGAUAUCGCGUAAUUAACAGAAUUAACAUUAAAUAUAAACUGACAGAAUAUUUUGACGCGUUUUUCGCAAUUUUUUUUCCCCCCAAACAGAAUUUUUACUAAAAGUAGACGUGGUGAAAAUUUCUUGCGGCAACUAUCAUCUUGUGGCGUUGACGAACGAAGGACAACUAUACGCGUGGGGUCGUGGAAAUCAUGGGCAAUUGGGUCUCGGAAAUUUACAAGACUGGCAAGUUACUGACCGUGUUCAACGGAUUAUUAUAUUUAUGUUAACAUUAAAUGUUUAAACAAUUUAUUUUUCCAAUCGGAAUUUGUAUCAGGACACAUAUAUAUAAAAAAAAAAACCCUUAUUUUCACCAUCUAACCACUAAAAUAAAAAUAAUUACUUUCUUUGUUCGCUUUUAAAAAAUUUUAAAAUAGCCAUAUUUCAAAAGAUUUCAUUAUAAAAAUUUUAAUGUUAUAAAUACCAUACAUUCUUAUUCGAUCAAUAGUGUUUUCGUAAUAACAGUUUUUAUUUCUGACACAAUAAAGUAGAUACAUCAUUUGUAAUUGGUACAGAAUAAAAUGAAAACCCGCAUAGUGUAAAUAUAAUUAUCAGUUGACAGUUCUAUUACGAUUGUGAGUCCUUACGCGCAAUAUAAGUACAAUAGGUAGUCUAUAGAAUGUAAUUUGUUCACACCCCCUCUCUAGAAAUUAAAAUUGCUAUUUCUAAGUUACUAAACACCGGAUACGUAUGUGUAUCUGAAAUUCAAAUGAUUAGAAAAAUAUCUAUUAUACGUAUCGGCCGUGUUAAACAUUUCGAAAAGUGAACGUAUUAAAUGUUUAUUUUUUGCUUAGUAAUUAAAGGGUGAUAAUAAAAAUGUAUUUCUCAUUUAAAUAUAUUAUAUACCCCUGAAAUAAAACGGAUUGAAUAGGAAAAAUUGAAUACUAACAGAGAUAAAAAAACUUCCGUGGGACAAGGUGGGACACCUGUAUAGGUACACGGUAUUCUCUGCCACUCACCCGUAUUAUAAUAAUUAUGUUUUUUAAUUUAUUCAAAUUAUUAUCUAUUAUUAAACAAUAUUUUACAGUUGUUUUCCGAUUUUGGUCAAUUGGCAUCUCAACGAGAAAAUCGCAUCGAUCCAAUGCGGUCCCGAGUGUACGGCUAUAAUUACGGACCAUCAAAACGUAUACGCGUGCGGAUUGAAUAAAUGUAAUAAACUCGGUCUAAAUCGACCGUCUUUAUUUAAACUCAAAGUAAGUACCGUGUUUAUUGUAAAUUUAUUUUCCUAGUGGCUGUACACAUCCGUUUAGAUCGACUGUCCAAAACGAAUGUUUCACCAUCUAUCCCAAGUUCAAUAUGUUAUAUACUUGUAGCCUAUGUAUUCCCGGUUCCAUUACUCUGUCGAUUUUUUUUUUUUUUUUUUGUACCGUCUUCUUUUCUUAUGCAUAGUUAUUGUAACUUUUUAUUUCAUAUGUGAAGUCGCGAUAUUUAAUUAGGUAUUUGUUUACAAGUACGACUGAACUUUUGAAUAUGUUACAUUAUUAAUUCAUUCAAUCAACACCAUUAUAAUAUAUAAUUAAUGCAUAUUAUCUUAUGUCUCAACUUUUCUCUUUUCCUUAAGUAUUAUAUUCUAUAAGUUAAUCUACAUUAACUUAGGUUAAUAACUUUUGUAAUUAAAACUUUACACGUUUAAAAAAUAUGUAUAAUUAACAUAUAUUUUAAUAUAUAUAUACGAGUAUAUUUAUUUAUUAAGCAUUUAACUUUACAAGUUUAUAUUUAUUCUAUAGUUACUUAUCAAUUUUGUUAGUUUUACUUCAAUAAUUCUACAGGUACAGGAAUUAAGUUAAAUUUGCAUACUAUACCUAAAAAGGAUAGGUUGAACGUAAGAAAAUUUAUUACAUAAGGUGGAAUUAAAGUUAAUUUAAUUUUCAAUUAUAAGUUCAACGAGUUAUUAUAGAUAUAAGAGAAAACUAACUUUUCGAAAUUGCAGUUAAUUUGUAUUAAUUUAGUUUAGAAAAUCCAUACAUUUUUAGUUAACAUUAGCUCUGUAUGUCAUAACAAUUUAUCUUCCAUCUUUAUCUAAAAAAAAAAUGCAGUUAUAUUUUAUUUUUAUCUGGAUAAAUGGAAUUGUUCAUAUUUCAUCUCGAUACAUUUUCAUAAAUCAUCUUUUACUUUGUCAAGAUAUUUUGUUGAUUAUCUAAUCCGAAUAUUGUUUACAGUUUAAAGAGGUGCCGUUUGAGAGUCUAUUUACCAAAAUCAAAUUCUUAGAAGGCCUACGAGUGACGUAUAUUUGUUUUGGCGAGUGUCACAGUGCCGCUAUAACCGCCCAAGGCCACGUUGUCAUUUGGGGAAGUAAUAUUUACUCUCAGCGGGGAAAAUUGCAUGUAUCGCAAAACAAACCGAACUUACUCCGUUUACCCGGUUUUAGCAAAGCGCAAGUAAUCAAUACAUUUAUUUUAUCAAAUAAAACAUGAUUGCAUAUGUAUUUCACGAAACUAAACGAUAAUUUAUAUUGUAUUAGAUUAUCGAUUGCGGUCCUACGUACACGUUAAUUGGUACCGACGACAAUGCCGUAAUGUUUUGCGGUACACGGUUUUGCGUGAGUUAUAUAUAUUCACGUUAUAUAAUAUCUAUUAUAUUUAUUUGACGAAAUAUUGCCGUUUUAUUAUAAUUAGAUCAUUAUAUUUUUUUAAUGUUUAAUAUCAAAUAGAUGGAUACCAAAGCGCUCACUCAAAUGACUUCUAUGUUCUCGUCAGAAGUCAUUGCUCGGCCCAAAGUGAUACUCGGGCUGUACGCAUCGGACGAACAAAUCGACAAAGGUCAAUUGUUGGUACUAAAUUCCCUGCGGGCGGUCGGACAUAAUUUAAUGAUAACAGUUGAUACUUUUUCGAGGGUCAAUAGUUAA